AUGACAAGGCGGUUGAGAAGGGUGGCGAUACACGUCUCCUCGCAAGACAUCGAGCGAGCCUCGCUUCACACUUCCCGGCCACUGUGGGCGCAUGCUUACGCCGUUCCUUUCCUUUUACUAUAUCCAAUUUGGGCAUAUGCGUAUUACUUUAAAUAUGAUGACUGGGUGAAGAGCGAGGAAUGGACGUUCCUCGGAUGCGUGGCCCUCGGUGCCGGUCAUGCGCUCAGUUUCCUGGCGACUAGAUGGAGUGCUGGUGCGAAGGCACUUAUAACCUCAGGCAGUGCACAGAACGUUGAAGAAGCGGAUCUCAUCCGUCUGGUACCUUUCAAACACAGAGGUAAAGGAGAGAUUGUACACAUAACGAAGAAGCGGUCUUCAGGUUCGCUCAUACCGGCUUACUCGUUCAACUAUCAAAGAGACACGUAUGUGUACAACCCAACCACAAAUUCUUUCGAAGCACGCCCCUAUCCAUCCGACUCUCGGCCUCCUCUUUCAUCUUUCGCUUCACCUUCUGGUGUGGCGGGCACAAGCGUAGACUCGUUGAGGGAACUUUAUGGGAUGAAUGAAUUCGAUAUCCCUAUUCCUUCCUUCACGGAGUUAUUCGGUGAACAUGCCACCGCCCCUUUUUUCGUCUUCCAGCUAUUCUGUGUUGCACUUUGGUGUUUGGAUGAGUACUGGUACUACAGUCUCUUCACUGCCUUCAUGCUCGUCGUGUUUGAAUGCACCGUUGUUUGGCAACGAGUAAGAACAUUAACUGAAUUCCGUACAAUGUCCAUCACGCCAUUCUCUAUUCAAGUUCUGCGGGAUGACAAAUGGGAACAGAUCCAAACAGACAAGCUUGUUCCAGGUGAUCUCGUUUCUAUUGUCCGAGGGGUGAAGGAAGAGACCACAGUCCCAGCCGAUCUACUUCUCAUCCAAGGCACAGUGAUUGUAAACGAAGCAAUGCUUUCCGGAGAAUCCACUCCUCUGCUCAAGAGUCCGCUCGAUGUUGAUUCUCAGCACAAGGGCAAUAUUCUUUUCUCUGGAACUAAAAUUCUUCAAGCUAGUGGUGGCACGAGACAACUCGUUCGAACGAUGAUCUUUUCCACAGAGAGAGUGUCGGCAAAUAAUUUAGAGUCUUUCUUAUUCAUUGGCUUCUUGCUCAUCUUCGCUAUUGCUGCAAGCUGGUAUGUCUGGGUCCGAGGAAUUGAACGAGGCUUGAAGAAGUCAAAGUUGCUCCUUGAUUGCAUUCUCAUUGUCACCAGUGUUGUCCCUCCUGAGCUACCUAUGGAGCUCUCACUUGCUGUCAAUGCGUCUCUAGUGGCAUUGUCUAAGUUUGCCAUCUUUUGUACCGAGCCGUUCCGUAUUCCAUUCGCAGGCAGAGUGGAUGUCUGUUGUUUUGACAAAACUGGUACGAUAACUGCGGAAAAUCUCGUGUUAGAAGGAGUGGCAGGGGUCGACCCAUCUAAUCCCAGGAAGCUGGUUAAUGUGAAAGAGGCAAGCCGUGACACAACACUAUGUUUAGCCGCUGCCCACGCCCUUGUGCAAUUGGAUGAUGGAACCAUCGUUGGAGACCCUAUGGAGAAGACGACCUUAGAGUCACUCGACUGGGCCGUGUCUAGGGACGUGGUAACUGCCAGGGAGAAGACAGCGCCACACCGGACGUCUAUUUCAAUCCGUCGACGCUUCCAAUUUUCCUCUGCUUUGAAGCGCAUGUCCACUGUUUCGCAUUUGCCCACCGGCGCAGUCCUCGUUGCUGUAAAAGGUGCCCCCGAGACAAUAAAGAGUAUGCUUUCCAGCAUUCCCAAGGAUUACGACGAGACCUUCAAGUGGUACACUCGUAGAGGGAGUCGCGUGCUCGCUCUCGGAACGAAGGAACUACCAAAUAUGGGAGCUGAUAAAAUCCACCGACUUCAGAGGGAGCGAGUUGAAUCCCAGCUCAGGUUCGCGGGAUUUUUUGUGUCUCUGAAAAUGCUGGCGGAUUCGUCUCAUAGGUGUAUCAUGAUUACAGGUGAUAACCCUCUCACCGCCGUGCACAUCGUCGAUCGGGAUGCUUUGAUACUCGAUGUUCGGGGAGGGUGCAACUACUUGCAAUGGCGGACUGUUGAUGGAGGCAAGAUCAUUUCUGUGGACCCAUCGGAACCAAUAGACGUGUCGUUGUUCAACGAAUACGACAUCUGUGUCACUGGUGCAGCUCUCAGGCAGUAUGAAGGGAGGGCGGGAAUUAACGAUCUCGUCAACAAUACCUGGGUCUACGCGCGCGUUUCGCCUACUCAGAAAGAGUAUAUCCUUACCACGCUGAAGAAUCUUGGUUACACUACACUCAUGGCGGGAGACGGAACGAAUGACGUUGGUGCCCUCAAACAGGCCGAUGUUGGUGUAGCACUGCUUGAUGGCACUCCAGCAGACUUGCAAAAGAUUGCUGAGCACCAGAGAAAUGAGCGCGUCAAGUCCGUUUACGAGAGUCAACUCAAGAUCUCACAACGAUUCAACCAGCCACCUCCCCCUGUUCCACCAGCCAUCGCUUCGCUCUAUCCCGAGCUUGUUGCGGCACAGCAAAAAGCAAAGGAGGCCCAAGCUGACGCAAGGAAGAAGAAUCCAAUGGAGAAAUUCGAUUUGGCUUCCAUUACAAACACAAUGGCUGAUUUAGAUGACGAUAACGAGCCUCCCAAAAUUAAACUGGGGGAUGCUUCUUGCGCUGCUCCAUUCACUUCCAAAUUGUCCAAUGUUUCGGCUAUUACAAAUAUAAUUCGCCAAGGCCGCUGCACAUUAGUUGCUACUAUCCAGAUGUAUAAGAUCUUGGCUUUGAACUGUCUCAUCACCGCGUAUAGCUUGAGCGUUCAGUACCUAGAUGGAAUCAAGUUCGGUGAUUAUCAAGUGACGAUAACGGGGAUUUUGAUGUCUGUGUGUUUCCUUUGCAUAUCGCGAGCCAAGCCUGUGGAGCAGCUUUCCCGCGAGCGCCCUCUCGGAAACAUUUUCAACUUCUAUGUUCUCCUCUCCGUUCUCAUUCAAUUUGCGAUCCAUAUUGCAUCGUUGGUUUAUAUCACCAAUCUGUCCAAUUUAUUCGAAGUUCGAGGACCCAUCGAUCUUGAUGCCAAGUUUGAGCCUAACCUCCUGAACACUGCCAUAUACCUCCUCAGCCUCUCGCAACAAGUUUCAACGUUUGCCAUUAAUUUCCAGGGUCGUCCUUUCCGUGAAGGCAUCAGGGAGAACAGUGCCCUGUGGUGGGGCCUUGUCGGUGCCUCAGCCGUCGCUUUCUCAGGUGCGACAGAUUUCAUUCCUGAGCUGAAUAGAUGGCUGCAGAUCGUGGAAAUGCAAAACUCCUUCAAGUUCAGCCUCACCACCGCGAUGAUCCUUGAUUUUGCAGGAUGUUGGGUGGUCGAAGUUGCUUGUAAAGCCUUCUUUGCUGAUCUCGCACCGAAACCAAUCGUUCUGAAGGGUUGGAAGCGGCGAGAAAAAAGGCGGACGGAACAGCUGCGACUGGAGCAAUUAGAGAAGGCCAAAGCAGAACUCGCGGAGCAAAAAGAAGAUUAGAAAUAAUACACCUGAGUCCACCCUCAUUGUAAUCGAAAUCGGACUCUGUCGGUAGCACAUUACGGCUCGGUAGUAUUUAGGAUACAUAGAUUUGCAUGGUAAUUGUCAGGAACAUGAUAUAUACGCCCAUUUCUUAGCUGUGCACAGACUUAGCAUGGCAC